CGCGUUCAGCCGAAGACAACGAAGAGAUCGUCGUCCUAACCGGCUGGCAUCUCACGCACAGGCGCAGCGGUGGCACGAGCCCCGCCCCCGCCCCGUUCUUAAAACCCCGCGCGCCUUGACCACUCUCGCCCAUCUCCUCUCCGCGACACAACCAAGCGGACACCACGAGGGAGCCCGCCCAGAGCCAGACAAACCAGCCCACGCACCAGCGCCGGGACAGUGAGAGCCCGCCAACGGCCAUGGCAGUGGGCGCCGAGGCCGGCGGCGGCGUGCGGCGGCGCGGGUGCGCGUGUGCCAAGGCGGACUUCUUCCCGGAGGAGUCGUUCUCGAGCUGGGCGGCGUACGGGCGCGCGCUGCGGAGCACGGCGCCGCGGCUGGCGGACCGCCUCACGUCGCGCUCCCUGGAGGCGACGGAGCUGCACGAGGUGCGCGCCCGGAGCGGCGCCGACAUGAAGCGGGACCUCACCUGGUGGGACCUCGCCUGGUUCGGCGUGGGCGCCGUCAUCGGCGCCGGCAUCUUCGUGCUGACCGGGCAGGAGGCCAAGGAGGUGGCCGGCCCCGCCGUCGUCGUCUCCUACGUCGUCUCCGGCGUCUCCGCCAUGCUCUCCGUCUUCUGCUACACCGAGUUCGCCGUCGAGAUACCCGUCGCAGGCGGGUCGUUCGCGUACCUGCGGGUGGAGCUGGGCGACUUCAUGGCGUUCGUGGCGGCGGGCAACAUCCUGCUGGAGUACUGCAUCGGCGGCGCGGCGGUGGCGCGCGCCUGGACCUCCUACUUCGCCACGCUGCUCAACCACCAGCCCAGCGACUUCCGCAUCCACGCCCCCGCCCUCUCCCCCCACUACUCCGAGCUCGACCCCAUCGCCGUCGUGGUGAUCACGCUCAUCUGUGCCCUCGCCGUCCUCAGCACCAAGGGCUCCUCCCGCUUCAACUACCUCCUCUCCAUCCUCCACCUCGCCGUCGUCGCCUUCAUCAUCGUCGCCGGCCUCACCAAGGCCGACACGUCCAACAUGCGCGACUUCGCGCCCUUCGGCGCCCGCGGCAUCUUCGCCGCCUCCGCCGUCCUCUUCUUCGCCUACAUCGGCUUCGACGCCGUCAGCACCAUGGCCGAGGAGACCAGGAACCCGGCCCGCGACAUCCCCGUCGGCCUCGUCGGGUCCAUGGCCGUCACCACCGCGCUCUACUGCGUGCUCGCCGUCACGCUCUGCCUCAUGCAGCCCUACGGCGCCAUCGACAAGGACGCGCCCUUCUCCGUCGCCUUCGCCGACCGGGGCAUGGACUGGGCCAAGUACGUCGUCGCCUUCGGCGCGCUCAAGGGGAUGACCACCGUGCUGCUCGUCAGCGCCGUCGGCCAGGCGCGCUACCUCACGCACAUCGCCCGCACGCACAUGAUGCCGCCCUGGCUCGCGCGGGUGCACCCCAGGACCGGCACGCCCGUCAACGCCACCGUCGUCAUGCUCUUCGCCACCGCCGUCAUCGCCUUCUUCACCGACCUCGGCAUCCUCGCCAACCUCCUCUCCAUCUCCACGCUCUUCAUCUUCAUGCUCGUCGCCGUCGCGCUGCUCGUCCGCCGCUACUACGUCACCGGCGAGACCACCGCGGCCAACCGCAACAAGCUCGUGGCCUGCAUCGCCGCCAUCCUCGCGACGUCCGUGGCGACGGCCACGUGCUGGGGGCUGAACGUCGACGGGUGGGUGCCGUACGCGGUGACGGUGCCGGCGUGGCUCGCGUCCACGGUGUGCCUGUGGGCGCUGGUGCCGCAGGCGAGGACGCCCAAGCUGUGGGGGGCGCCGCUGGUGCCGUGGCUGCCGUCGGCGUCCAUCGCCAUCAACAUCUUCCUGCUGGGCUCCAUCGACGCCAAGUCGUUCGAGCGGUUCGGGAUAUGGAGCGCGGCGCUGCUCGUCUACUACCUCUUCGUCGGCCUGCACGCCUCCUACGACGAGGCCAAGGCGAUCGCCGCGGAGGCCCGCGCCGGCAAGGUGGAGGACGGGGACGCUGGGCAGGUGGCGCCGCCGACCAACGGCAAGUGAUGGAUAUCAUCGGCGCGCGGUUCGUCGUCUCGCACCCAGUGACCAGUGCGGCGCGGCCCGAUACAUAAGACGUACAGUACGUGAAAUUGUGAAUCCUAGCUAGUGUGAUUGUAUGGGUAUAGUACAGUGUGUCAGCCAGUAUGAUAUACACGAUCGCCAGAACUUACUCGCGUUCCUGUGGCUGCAAUCAGGUGACAAGUUAUGUUAGGAUGACACCGUAGAUUUCUUCAAAUUUGCUAGUGGACCACGUUGCACUUGUCUGAGUGUAAAGUCUUAAAAAAGUUGUAUGAAACUUCAAGUGUGAAAGUGUAGCCGUAUUGCUCGGAACAUCUCUAGCAGA